CGCCGCCGCCGCCGCCGGAGCUGAAUGGGGGGCCGAGGCCAGCCGGUGGCACCCGGAAGAGAGAGACGCGGCGGCGGCGACGCCGACACCCGCAGGACGAGUGUCCCGACCCGCCCGCGAGCCCAGGGAGGAGGAGGCGAGGCCCGGCCCCCGCGGUGCCUGGCGUAGAGAACCCUCCGUCGCCGCCGCGGCCGGGUCUCCCAGAGCGCUCGCCCUCAGGUCUCAUCCACUUCCAGGACCCCGCGUCGCGCCAUGUUCAAGAAACUGAAGCAAAAGAUCAGCGAGGAGCAGCAGCAGCAGCUCCAGCAGGCGCUGGUCGCCACUCAGGCUUCCUCCAAUUCUUCAACACCAACGAGAACCAGGAGUAGGACAUCUUCAUUUACAGAGCAACUUGAUGAAGGUACACCCAAUAGAGAGCUCCUAGCCGGGAUGAUAGCAGAGCCUGCUUUUCUCUCUGAGUAUACUAUCUUUGCUUUGGAUUCCUCCAAGCAGCCUAAAACCCAGACUGGCAGUGUGAAUGCAUCUGUCCAAGCCACAAAAUCUCCUGACAGUGUUAAUGGAAGUGAACCCACAACUCCUCAGUCAGGUGACACGCAGUCUUUUGCACAGAAGCUCCAACUCCGGGUGCCUUCCGUGGAGUCUUUGUUUUGGAGUCCAAUAAAGGAGUCUCUAUUCCGAUCUUCCUCUAAAGAGUCUUUGGUGCGAACGUCUUCUAGAGAGUCCCUGAAUCGACUUGACCAGGACUUCUCUGCUGCCACCUUUGAUCCCCCCUCUGAUAUGGAGAGUGAGACUGAAGACUCCCUAGGGAAUUUAGACAGUCUCAGCAAAGAACAGUUGAUCCAGUGGUUGCGAAGAAUGGAACGGAGGUUGAAUGGCUACAAAGGAAAAUGUGCCGAGCUUGUUACAGCUUAUCAGACUCUUCAGAGAGAGAAGAAAAAGCUACAAGGUAUAUUAAGUCAGAGUCAGGAUAAAGCACUUCGGAGGAUUGGAGAGUUAAGAGAGGAGCUCCAAAUGGACCAGCAAGCAAAAAAACAUCUCCAAGAGGAAUUUGAUGCAUCUUUAGAGGAAAAAGAUCAGUAUAUCAGUGUUCUCCAGACCCAGGUUUCUUUGCUGAAACAACGGUUACGAAAUGGCCCAAUGAUUGCUGAUUUACCAAAACCGCUCGCUCAGAUGGAACCAGAGGCUGAAGACGUCGCUAAAGAGAACACAGAUGGUGAUGCAGAGCCAGUGGUGGGAGAUGGAGCCUCUGCGAAGACACUGGAAAUACUUCAGCAGAGAGUUAAGCGUCAAGAGAAUCUACUGCAGCGCUGUAAGGAAACCAUUCGGUCCCAUAAGGAACAGUGUACACUGUUAGCCAGUGAAAAAGAAGCCCUGCAAGAACAACUAGAUGAAAGACUUCAAGAACUAGAAAAGAUGAAGGAGCUUCAUAUGGCUGAGAAGACUAAACUUAUCACUCAGUUGCGUGAUGCAAAGAACUUAAUUGAACAGCUUGAACAAGAUAAGGGAAUGGUAAUAGCAGAGACAAAACGUCAGAUGCAUGAAACCCUGGAAAUGAAAGAAGAAGAAAUUGCCCAACUUCGUAGUCGCAUCAAACAGAUGACUACCCAGGGAGAGGAAUUACGGGAGCAGAAAGAAAAAUCUGAAAGAGCUGCUUUUGAGGAGCUUGAAAAAGCCUUGAGUACAGCCCAAAAAACAGAAGAAGCACGGAGAAAAAUGAAAGCAGAAAUGGAUGAGCAAAUAAAAGCCAUCGAAAAAACAUGUGAGGAGGAGCGUAUCAGACUUCAACAGGAGUUAAGUCGCGUGAAACAGGAGGUUGUUGAUGUAAUGAAAAAAUCCUCAGAACAAAUUGCAAAGUUGCAGAAGCUUCAUGAACAGGAGCUGGCCAGCAAAGAGCAGGAACUGACCAAGAAGUUUCAGACCCAAGAAAGGGAACUUCAGGAGCAAAUGAAAAUAGCUCUUGAGAAAAGUCAGUCAGAAUAUUUGAAGAUCACUCAAGAAAAAGAACAGCAAGGAUCUUUGGCCUUGGAAGAGUUAGAGUUGCAGAAGAAAGCAAUCCUCACAGAGAGUGAAAACAAACUUCGGGACCUUCAGCAAGAAGCAGAGACUUACAGAACUAGAAUUCUUGAAUUAGAAAGUUCUUUGGAAAAAAGCUUGCAAGAAAAUAGAAACCAAUCAGAAGAUUUAACUGUUCAUUUGGAAGCUGAAAAAAAUAAGCACAAUAAAGAAAUUACAAUCAUGGUUGAAAAACACAAGACAGAAUUGGAAAGUCUGCAGCAUCAGCAAGAUAACCUUUGGACUGAAAAACUCCAAGUCUUAAAGCAACAGCAUCAGACUGAAAUGGAAAAACUUAGAGAAAAGUGUGAACAAGAAAAAGUAACAUUGUUGAAUGACAAAGAGAUUCUCUUUCAGGCCCACAUAGAAGAGAUGAACGAAAAGACUUUAGAAAAGCUUGAUGUGAAGCAAACGGAAUUGGAAUCACUGUCGUCCGAACUGUCAGAAGUAUUAAAAGCCCGUGACAGGCUAGAAGAGGAACUUUCUGUACUAAAGGAUCAGGCAGAUAGAGUGAAACAGGAAUUAGAGGCCAAGCUGGAUGAACAGAAGAAUCACCACCAGCAACAGGUUGACAGCAUCAUUAAAGAACAAGAGAUGUCUAUUCAGAGAACUGAGAAGACAUUAAAAGAUGAAAUUAACCAACUUGGGCUUCUUCUGAAAGAAAAGGACAAGCAUUUAAAAGAGCAGCAGGCUCGUGUGGAAAAUCUAGAGGCAGAUAUUAAAAGGUCUGAAGGGGAACUCCAGCAGGCGUCUGCUAAGCUGGAGCUCGUCCAGUCACUGCAGAGCACCAUGCUUGAGCAGGCGGAAGCGUAUGAGGGGCAGUUGGCCCAGUUGCAGCAGAAGUUGUUGGAUUCAGAAACAGAAAGAAUUCUCUUUACCAAACAGGUAGCUGAAGUUGACACUCAGAAGAAAGAUGUUUGUGCCGAGUUGGAUGCUCACAAAAUCAAGGUGCGGGACUUAAUGCAGCAACUUGAAAAACAGAGUAGUGAAAUGGAAGAAAAAGUAAACUCUUUAACCCAACACUAUGAGUCCCAACUCAAGGAUAAUAGCGUAGAGCAGGAACAAACAAGGAAACUCUUAAUGGAAAAGGAAAAUGUAAUUUUACAAAUGAGAGAAGGACAGAGCAAAGAAAUUGAAAUAGUCAAACAGAAAUUAUCAGCCAAGGAGGACAGUAUUCGUGUUUUGCAAGAGGAAUAUGAAACCAAAUUUAAAAAUCAAGAGAAAAAGAUGGAAAAAAUUAUGCAGAAAGCAAAGGAGAUGCAAGAAACGUUAAAGAAGAAACUGUUGGAUCAAGAAGCCAAACUUAAAAAAGAGCUUGAAAAUACUGCUCUGGAGCUCAGUCAGAAAGAAACACAGUUCAAUGCCAGAAUUUUGGAAAUGGCACAGGCUAACUCAGCUGGAAUCAAUGAUGCAGUGUCAAGACUGGAGACAAACCAAAAGGAGCAAAUAGAAAGACUUACCGAGGUGCACAGGCGAGAACUCAGUGAUGUCACUGCAGUGUGGGAGCGGAAACUUAAUCAGCAAGCUGAAGAACUUCAGGAAAAACAUGAAAUCCAGUUACAGGAAAAAGAGCAAGAGGUAGCAGAACUGAAGCAGAAGAUCCUCAUAUUUGGGUGUGAAAAAGAAGAGAUGAACAAGGAAAUGGCAUGGCUGAAGGAGGAGGGUGCUAAACAGGCUACGGUGUUGAAGGAAUUACAGGAACGAUUAACCCAGGAGGCUGCUCACACGGAUUCUUUCUCACAGAAUGAAGCGAAACUGAAAGCUGAGCUUGAGAAGCUGGGGGUUGACUUGAAUCACUCUCUGAAGGAAAAUACUUUUCUUCAAGAGCAGGUAGUUGAAUUGAAGAUGCUGGCAGAGAAAGAUAAGCUUAAGGUUUCUGAGUUGACCGAAAAGCUGAAAACCACAGAUGAAGAAUUCCAGUGUUUGAAAUCUUCACAUGACAGAAGUAAGAAAAGCCUAGAAGACAGAAGCUCAGAAUUCAGAAAACUGUGCGAGGAGUUAGCAGUUCAGCUGGACAUUUACUCCAAGAAAACGGAAGCCUUGUUACAAGCGAAAACAAGCGAGCUCGUCAACAUUAGUAGUAGUAAAAUUAAUGCCAUUCUCUCUAGGAUCUCCCAUUGUCAGCACCACACAAAUAAAGUUAAGGAGGCACUGCUAAGUAAAACUUGCAAAGUGUCUGAAUUAGAAGCACAACUUAGACAGCUAACAGAAGAGCAAAAUACACUAAAUAGUUCUUUUCAACACGCUACACGUCAGUUGGAAGAAAAAGAAAGUCAGAUUAAGAGCAUGAAGGCCGAUAUCGAAGGUCUUCUAACAGAAAAAGAAGCCUUACAGAAGGAAGGAGGCAGUCAGCAACAGGCUGCCUCAGAAAAGGAGUCUUGCAUCACACAGUUGAAGAAGGAGUUAUCAGAAAACAUCAAUGCUGUCACCCUGAUGAAAGAAGAGCUUAAAGAAAAAAAAGCUGAGAUCAGCAAUCUUAGCAAACAGCUCACUGACUUGAACGCGCAACUUCAGAAUAGCAUCAGCCUAACUGAAAAAGAAGCAGCCAUGUUGUCACUAAGUAAGCGACAUGAUGAAGCACAACAGGAACUGCUAGAUCAGGUGCGGGAUUUGUCCUUGAAAGUUGAAACUCUGAGUAUAGAGAAAACUUCUGCUCUUGAUCAGGUGGAUCAUUUGUCCAACAAAUUCUCAGAGUGGAAGAAGAAAGCACAGUCAAGACUUACACAAUAUCAAAAUACUAGUAAAGAAUUGCAGGUGCAGCUUGAGUUAAAAACAAAGGAAACCAGUGAAAAGGAUGAGCAGAUCACUAUAUUGAAGGAGGACCUUGUUCAGCAAAAGAAAAGAUUUGAAUAUUUAAAGGGUGAAAUGGAAGAUAAGAAGAGUGAGAUGGAGAAAAAGGAAUGUAAUUUAGAGACUGAGUUAAAAACUCAAACAGCAAGAAUUGUGGAAUUAGAGGAGCAUGUUACUCAGAAAACAAUUGAAAUUGAGUCCUUAAAUGAAGUUCUUAAAAAUUACAAUCAACAAAAGGAUAUCGAACAGAAAGAAAUGAUUCAGAAACUUCAACACAUUCAAGAAUUAGAAGAGGAAAAGGACAACAGAGUUAAAGAGGCUGAAGAAAAAGUCUUGAGACUUGAAAAGCAAGCAUCUUCCAUGAAAUCUGAACUUGAAUCUAUGAAGAAAGAAUUGGAACAUGUGAAUUCAGUUGUGAAAAGCAAAGAAGAGGAGUUGAAGGCAUUGGAAGAUAGACUUGAGUUAGAAAGUGCUACGAAAUUAGCGGAACUGAAGAAGAAAGCGGAACAAAAAAUUGCUGCCAUCAAGAAGCAGUUGUUAUCUCAAAUGGAAGAGAAAGAACAGCAACAUAGAAAAGACAGAGAAGGCCAUCUGAGUGAGCUGAAUGCAAAAUUGCAGGAAAGAGAGAGAGAAAUUCACAUCUUGGAAGGAAAACUCAAGUCGGUGGGAAGUUCACCACAAUCAGAAACAUCAGUUGUACCCAGAUGGGCAGAAAAUGUGGCAGCAUGUACUAAGCAAGAAGAAGCAGGUUCCCAAGGCUGUGUGCAGAAGGCAUGUGAAGAAAAAAUCAGUGUUUUACAAAGAAAUUUAAUUGAAAAGGAAGAGCUGUUGCAGAGGCUAGAGCAGGAAAAAGAAGAGAGAAUUUCUUCUCUUUCUGAAAUGCAGUGCAAAUACCAAGAGCUCUUAAUAAAGAUAAAACAGGCUGAAGCAAAGCAACACGAGGAUCAAGUGAUGAUAAAUCAGCUUCAAGAAGAACUUGAAGAAAAAACCAAGUACUCCUUGUUAGUAUCCCAGCAUGUGGAAGAAGAGGGAGGUAAAAACAACAUAGGGGCAAAGCAGAACUUGGAAAAUGUGGUUGAUGGUGUCCAGAAAACCCUCCAGGAGAAGGACUUGAGCUGUCAGAUAUUGGAGCAAAAGAUAAAAGAGCUGGAUUCCUGCUUAUUGAGAGAGAGGGAAGGACAUCGAGUUGAAAUCGAAUCAUUGACCUCAAAACUUGAAAGAUUACAAGCUUUGCAACAACGGAUGGAUGGAAAAAGUAAACCCACGGAGGUUUUGGAAGAAAGUGCUGAAGAAAAGUCCAAAUCGCAUAUGGUCCAGCCCAGCUUGCUUGGUCACACGGAGGCGGAGCACAAUGACCUGGAGUUUAAGUUAGCAGGGGCAGAGCAGGAGAAGCGGAAGCUGAGCCAGGAGGUGGUGAAACUGCAGAAAGAUCUUCGAAUGUUGCGGAAGGAGCAUCAGCAAGAGCUGGAUAUAGUAAAGAAAGAGUAUGAACAAGAAAUGGAAGAGAAAAUCAAACAGGAGCAGGAAGAUCUUGAAUUGAAGCACAAUUCCACAUUAAAACAGCUGAUGAGGGAGUUUCAUACACAGCUGGCACAAAAGGAACAGGAGCUGGAAAUGACCGUAAAAGAGACCAUCGAUAAAGCCCAGGAAGUGGAGGCUGAGCUUUUGGAAAGCCAUCAAGAGGAGACAAAUCAGUUAUAUAAAAAAAUUGCAGAGAAAGAAGAUGAUCUAAAAAGAACAGCCAAAAGAUAUGAAGAAAUCCUUGAUGCUCGUGAAGAAGAAAUGACUGCAAAAGUAAUGGAUCUACAGACUCAACUUGAGGAGCUGCAGAAGAAAUACAAGCAAAGGCUAGAGCAGGAGGAGAACCCCGGCGAUGAUAAAGUAACAAUUAUGGAGCUACAGACACAACUAGCACAGAAGACUACUCUCAUCAGUGAUUCAAAGUUGAAAGAGCAGGAGUUCAGAGAACAGAUUCACAAUUUAGAAGAUCGUUUGAGGAAAUAUGAAAAGAAUGUAUAUACAACAACUGUGGGAACACCUUACAAAGGUGGCAAUUUGUACCAUACUGAUGUCUCGCUCUUUGGAGAACCUACCGAGUUUGAGUAUUUGCGAAAAGUGCUUUUUGAGUAUAUGAUGGGUCGUGAGACUAAGACCAUGGCAAAGGUUAUAACCACUGUACUGAAGUUCCCUGAUGAUCAGACUCAGAAAAUUUUGGAAAGAGAAGAUGCUCGGCUCAUGUAUACUUCACCUCGCAGUGGUAUCUUCUGAGUAAACCAUCAGUCUGUGCUUAGUUAGCAUGUGUCAUGGCUCCGGCCUUCAACUUGAAGAAGUGGGGAGAGAGAUGUUGGGCAGGCCUAGGAAACCGCACGUUUGGCACAUUUGCUGUUCUUAGAGAACGAAGCUGUUUUUCAGGGCCCCUCAUGUAGCCGGAAGAUCAAGAAAAAUCUGACACUGGCCCACAGAAAGAUUGCAGACUGCCUUUAAAAAAGAUUAUAUCAGUGGAGAAAUGGUGAUGGUUUUGCGGGGGUUUUCCUUCAGUUUUUCUGUUGGGAAGAGUUCUGUGUUGUUUAGAAGAUAUUUUAAAUAACUUAACCUGAUUUAUGGGCUCGUUGAAUGUUCCUUUCUUCCAUUCUUUCUGUCCCUCUUUUUAAAGAACUGCUUGCCUUUCCUAUUUAUUUUUAGGGUGAUUUUUUUUAAAGACUUGUGCAAUACAUUUUGAGGUGAAACUUAGUGGAUUUUUUUCUGAUAAAUUAGAGCAUUUAAUUGACUAUUUUAUCCACAUUGAUUUGUUGAAUAUUUGCUAAAGACUAGUUCUUUAAGCUAUGAUAUAUGAUAAAUCGAAAUGGCAGUACCUCAUUGUUUACUUAGCUUUUGUACUUAUAUUUUUCAGAGGAAAAAAAUACUACUGUAAAUUGUAAAUAGUUAAUACAUAACUGUAUCGUAUGAAGAUCUGUGACUGUUGGCAAUGUCAUCUCAGAAGAACAGAUAAAUAAAGUUU